AUGCCUCGCUCCGCCUCUCCCGACUCGUCAGAGCGCUCACAACUCCUUCAAGAGAUCGCCCAACUCGAGCUCGAGCUCGCUCGCUUGUCUGAUCCCGCGCGAGGGGUUCAUCAACAUUCGCCUGGGGGCGGGGGUACGGAGGGGAGUGUGAGGCGCGUGGGAGGUGCGAGGGGCGUGAAUGGGGUAGAGGAGAGUGAGGUGGUGCUGGACCGGAUCCUCGACGCGGCGAAGGACGGCGGGCAGGGGUUCGGGCGGACUGAUGAUGAUGCGGAGGGUUCGAAGGGCUCAAAGCGAGCCAGACAGAUGGUCGAGGAGAACGCCGAACUGACUGGUAUUCGCAUCGAGCGGGCUUCCACCAAACUCGUGAGCAGUAGCAGAAGCUCGCAAAUCCGCCUUCACACCCUCUCUGGCCACGCCCACGCCGCCCCUCUCCCUCCAAUUUCCUUCGAACUCGAGCUGCACGUACGAGAACCGCCGGCAGACCCGGAUGAGCGAUACAAGCCGGGCAGGGAUCCUGGGCGAGAGUACGCGAUUGAGCAGAUGGACAGUCGGGUUGAGGGAGGGUCGCAGGAGUUGCAGAAUGCGCUGCAGACCUUACAGCCCGACACUCCGCCAGAUCCGCCCGCCUUCUUCGCCCUCUUGCGACAAUACAGCCUGCUCGCCGCACAUCGCUCACAGCUGUUUGCUAGGCUGACCAAAGCGCUUCCGGAGUUUGCGCAAGGCGUGUCGGGAUUAGGAGAGGGUGGACAGGCGGAGUUGACCUUCGCAGGCCAGAGUGUCCGCUCGCCCGUCCUCACCUUUUCCUCCCGCAUCGCGCCAUCUUCAUCUCCCUUGCCAAUCCUCCGUUCCGCCCAACCUGUCGAGCCGCACCUCUCCCUCGCCGCGAUUCCUCCUCCUCCAGGCCUUUCCGCAAAGGCACGAUAUGCACUCGAAGCUAUACCGGCGCAGUUUGAGCGCAUGCUGAAGGACGGAUGCGAGGCGCAGGCGGCUGUCGAGGCUGUUGUGAGGGCGGUCUUCGAAGGCGGGAAGUAG